AUGGGCAAGGCGAAGAAGCCCAAGUCCGGCGGGAAGGCGAAGAAGGACAAGCCCGGCGCCAAGGGUAAGAAAGACAAGACCGGCAGCAAGGGGAAGAAAGGAAGCAAGGGAUCUCCUUCGGGAAAGAAGGCAGCCUCAGCGAAGUCCAGCAAGGCGCCGUCGCCGGGCCAGCUGCAGGGCAAGGGUUCCGAGAAGGAAAGCACCUCGGAGAGCACGACCGUUCCGACGUCCAGCCAGACAGAGGGCAGCGCGACGUCCUUCAAGCCUCUAGACCGGCCGCCUUUGGAGCCGCUGGUCUUGCCCGCCGACCUCGAUUUGUCGCUGCCGCGGCGGCCGUCGACCACCUACGUGUGGGAAUGGGGCAACGUCUGGUUCUUCCCCGUCGGCGUCAUCGCCCUGGCGGUCGUCGUACUCGGCAUGAUCCUCAUGUCGCUCAACAUUCAGAGCGACUACCUUCAAGCCCCGAACGAGACCGCCACCGCCGGGCGCAACGCAACAAGCGUCGCCGUAGCCGAGACUACCGGGACCGAGGCCAAUGAACUCACACGGCGGUGGUUUAAUGCAACCAAGCGCAAGCCGAGGGAGCGGUCGCGCGAGCCGACCGAUGCGGUGUCGCCGGCUUCGAUCAACGAGCGGACGAAGGCGAGCGCCAGUGCCGAGUCGGCGACAUCCGCUGCAGGCGUCGUGUCUCGCGUAGAACAGUCGCCGUCAACGGCUGUGCACAUCGCGGGUGAAAGGGACGAACGUGGCCACCAGUGCCGAGGCCGGCACAGCGGCUAAGGCUUGGCUAGAUGCCCCCGUCGAGCGCGCGCAAUGACGCGAUCCAUGCGAAGUCUCGGCUCGUGGCCUCGAAGGCAGCCGACAGCGAAGAGAACCCGCAGAACGCGUCCACUGCAUUGGGUACCGAUUCCUAGAGGGGAGCCUGCGGCGGGGAGCCUUUGAGUUCAGCUCAAAGU